AUGAUAAAUCUUAUUCAAAUUCAAUCACUUAAAUUUAAAAUAAUCAAUAUUCAAGAAGAAUAUGAUGCAGAUAUUAAAGAUAUUUUAAAUGAAAUUAAAAAACAAAAACAAUCUGCAAAAGAAAUUCUUUUAAGUGCACUUGAUCAACUUGAAUCAGAAAUAAAUACAGAACAAAUAAAAACAUCUAUUCAUUCAUCAUAUUGA